UUGCAGACGAGUCCCUGUGGGUGCUCGGUGGUCGUGGGCGGCCGGGACUUCAUGGGCGUGGGAGUGCUUGUGUGGAGGAGGUGGCCCCUGAAGGAUCCGUCGCGGGAACAGGUCGUCCUGAGAGGUCAUGAGAUUCACCAGCUGGAGUUCAGUUCGAACGGCAAAUUCGUGGGAAUCCUUUCCACCCGCGAAGAAUCCCUAUACGAUGCUGAUGCAGAGGACGAGGAAACAGAGGUCAAGGAGGAAAGCGAGGAUCAGAGGAGAGGUCAGGCCGCCGGCGAAGGGGAGAAGAAGACGAAGGAAGGAGAGACGGAGGAGCGAAGGAAGAGGAGGAAGGGCGCGUCCGCAGAGAGACGGCACGAGCUCCUCUUGUCCCUGUGGCAGUGGCCGGAGGUGGACGAAGGAGGAGGAGGAGUCGAGAGCCCCGUGGAAGCGGGCGUCCCUCGGCGCCUCGUGAUGACCAGGGUGACGCAGCUCAGGUCACACCAGGUCACGCGGAUGUCCCUGGCGCGCGGGGUGCCACAGGGCGUGCUGGCGGUGGUCAUUGCAGCCGAGGACGAGCUAUGGGCGUGGCGCCUGGAGGAGGGUCCCUUGGGGCGGCGCCUCGUGUCCUCGACGAUAGGAUUCGGCCUCCUGCCUCCCGACACCGUCCUGACCUCCUGGUGCCUCAGCGGGGACGCGUACGCGUUGGGCGUGGGCGGCGGCUGGGUCAUGGUGAGCGCAGGCGGCGAGGUGCGGGCGCGGAUGGGCGGCGGAGGGCGAGGCGGACCCUGCCACGACGGCCCCCUCACCGACCUGUACCUGCACGGCUCACACCUGUACACCACCGGAGGAGACGGUUGGCUGAGAGUGUGGGAAGCAGAGACACUGGAAGAGGCGGCCGUGACUGCAGCAGGCAACGCAUCCCACGAAGGCUGGUGUGAGACGGGAGUGAGGACAGUGUCGCUGCAGUUAGUGAGGGAGGUGCUGGUCCACGUCGGCCCGGGCGCCCCCGUCACCCUCAUCCCGCCCUCGCGCCUCACCUGGUGUGGAUUCUGCAGACCGACUCGGGCGUGGUUUACGGGGUGUGGGCGCGAAGAUGGGCGGCGGAGGUUUUGCAUCAGGGGCCAAGUGGGCGCGUCACGGGCGUUGCCAUGGCGACCACACACACUCUCUUAGCUGCGACGACCCAGCAUCGAUAUCUGCAGGUCACGCCCCUUCCCCUGAGCUUCCCUCCGGCCGGUGUCGGCGAGUCGGCGGCGGUGCCAACUGCGCUCGCCGCGGCACCUGUGG